CGAUGACUUACUACGAAAUCCGUACAAUUAUGCUCGCACAGUAAGGAUUAUUCUAGGAAACCCGUCGAAACUUAUUGAUGCCCCGGAACUCUUUGAGCAAUAUCUCCGUAAAGAUGAGAUUCUCGGGCUCACUGUCUCUGCAUCUGUUCUAAGACAAUCAAGCCAUAGCCAUCAUCUCGACCAGCACCAUUUGAAACUCAUAUCAGACGCCUGCGACCUUCUUCUCGAACUGGAAGCUGCCAGAACAGAAAUCAAAAACCAUGUUUCUCGCAGAGCCAAAAGUAUAGCUCCAAAUGUGACUGCUCUGGUGGGCCCCACAGUGGCCGCCCAAUUUCUAUCAGUGUACGGACUGGAGGGCCUUUGCAAAGUUCCAUCAUGUAAUAUACCGUCUAUGGGAGCCAACAGAUCCUCGUUCAUGAAGGGUACAGCAGGUACGCGAAACAAGGGGUACUUGUAUUACUGCGACCUUGUACAGUCCGUCUCGGAGGAUCUUCGAGUGAAGGCUGUGCGCAUGGUUGCGGGCAAGCUGAUUCUAGCCGCUAGGGUCGACUACUCAAAUGCGCGAAAGUCCGUUUCCGACGACUCCUUUGGACUGCGGACAAGAGAACAACUCAGUGAGCAUCUAGACAAGCUGGCCAGUCCACCAGAUGCGCAGCCGAUUAAACCACUACCCAGGCCCGUGGAUCAAAAGUCAAAGAAGCGGGCUGGUCGUAGGUUCCGCAAACAGAAAGAAAAGAUGGAAAUGUCGGAGCUGGAAAAGGCACAGAACAGGAUGGCAUUUGGUGAACAGGAAGAAACGAAAUACGAUGCCUUUGGUGAGGAGAUCGGAAUGGGUAUGAUUGGAAAGCUUUCGGCGCGUGCUAUCGUCGGCAAAGCACGGCCUCAGCUGUCCAAAGCAGCUGCUUCCAAACUGGAGAAGUUCUCAGGGAACAAGUCGGUGGCUACGAGCAAAGUUGCACAGCUUCUUGACGACGAGAAAAUAGCCCGCAAGCGGCAAUUGGAAUUACCAGAAGACACUGGCCACGAUAGGACCAAGCUACAGAAGACGCUUCCUGGAGCCACCUGAGCACGUGCUGUGCCACCGCGUGCGCCACGAAUUUUAGAUCGCUCGACAAAAUCCGAAUUAGGAUAACUGUAAACAUUUAAUAUUUAAAAAUGCGUAAAUAGGUCCGGUUUGAGGUUUUGAUCGUUCCAAGUAUUUGCUCUUCCGUCAAUGACACUGAUUGGCGGCAUUUUUAACAGAACCCCCAAGGCUGACAACAGCUACGUGGAGGACCUUUCGCGGGACGUGGAGAGCCUGAAUUUUGGGUCUCCUACCACGGUAAACCAGCAGGGCGCAGCGGAUACUUCCUACAUUUCUUACAUGUCGACUUCCAGCUCUCCCAACAGAAGCUUUGAUCCUCAAGGGAUGCAGCGGGUGCAGUACAAUAAGGAGAACACCCCGCCUGCCACUCCUAGUAGAAACAAUGUUCAUCCACCGUUGCCAACGUACGGAACACCACGUUCUGCGGUUACUCAAAUGCAAGUCACCCAGACUCCAAGACUGAAUAGAGACUUCUAUAUCAAGGCAAACAGUGCCCAGACAAAGAGACUGGUGACUGUCUCACAGAUGUAUUUUUUGGACUACUAUUGCGACAUGUUUGACUAUGUCAUCAACAGAAGACACCGAUUGAGCCAGGUGGAAGAGGCAUUGCAAAUGCUUCCACCUUCGGAAAGAGCGCAGCAGUGGAAGAACUAUGUUGGCAAAGAGCGAGCAUAUCUGAGGAAAAGAAGAAUCAAGCCUAAACACAAAGAUUUCAACAUCAUCACGCAAGUUGGGCAGGGAGGAUAUGGACAAGUUUUCCUCGCAAGGAAGAAGGAUACUAAGGAGAUUUGUGCUCUCAAAGUUUUAAGUAAAAAGCUUCUCACCAAAACCGAUGAAACCAGACAUGUUCUGACCGAGAGAGAUAUCUUGACAAACACCCGCUCGGAAUGGCUCGUGAAGCUCUAUUAUGCAUUCCAGGAUGCUGAGAGUGUGUACUUGGCCAUGGAGUUCGUUCCGGGAGGAGAUUUCCGUACUCUGCUGAACAACGCUGGGUAUUUGAUUCCGCAGCACGCAAGAUUCUACAUCAGCGAGAUGUUUGCAGCGGUCAAUUCUCUUCAUGAGCUUGGAUACACGCAUCGAGACCUCAAGCCAGAAAACUUUCUAAUCGACUCCAAGGGCCAUGUCAAGCUGACCGAUUUCGGUUUAGCUGCUGGAUCUGUCUCAACGGAUAGAAUCGAGAGUAUGAAACUCCGCCUCAGCCAAGUGAAGAAUCUUGAGUACAAGCCAAAGGAGCACACGGUCAAGGAAAGACAGCAGAUGUACAAGUCCUUGAGAAAUAACGAGAUCCACUUUGCCCACUCGAUUGUUGGCUCCCCUGAUUACAUGGCCCUCGAGGUGCUCGAAGGUAAGUCAUACGAUUACACCAUUGAUUAUUGGUCCCUGGGAUGUAUGUUGUUCGAGGCUAUUGUUGGAUAUACCCCAUUUUCAGGAAGCUCUUCAGAUGAGACGUAUAGCAAUUUGAAGAGAUGGAAAGACUGUCUCAAAAGACCGAGAUACGAAGACGGCAGAUACGUUUUCAGUGACCGCACCUGGCAAUUGAUCACUCGUCUCAUUGCAUCUCCCAAUGAGAGAUUGCGCUCUUUCAAACAAAUCAUGUCUAUGCCAUAUUUCGCUGAAGUCAAAUGGGAAUCAUUGAGGGAUCGUGUGCCACCAUUCACGCCUCAGUUGGACGAUGAAGAGGACGCUGGAUACUUCGAUGACUUCACUAAUGAAAACGAUAUGGCAAAAUAUAAAGAGGUUAUGGCCAAGCGUGCUAACGAUGAGAAAUUGAGCCAUAACAGCGUGAAGACCGAUCAAAAGAGCUUUGUGGGCUUCACUUUCAAGCACAAGGGAAAUCCAAAUUUGAACCCUAAUAACAUUUUGUCACCGCUAUUACUUAAUGCUCAGAAUAGCUUUAGGGAGUAUCACGGAUACACUGAGCCAUUUGGAACACUGUACUGAUCGCGAGAGA